UCUUCCUUGCAUCUCUCCUUUUUUUAAAUUAUUUUAUUUUGUAUACGUAGUCAGAGAUAUCGUGAAGGGAAGGGUUUGAAGCUCCGAGUUGGGUGUAAGUGAAGAUAGAGGAACCACAGCUCAGGUGUACAGUAGCAGGCUACAAUGAAGAAAAUGGACAGCACAGCCAAAGGCAGCUGGACUCUAGACGCCAACCCUAUAUCCUCUGCAGUGAAGAACUCCUGCCACCCCAACCUGAAGAUGUUCCUUGCAGCCUUGUCCUUUGCCUAUUUUGCCAAGGCUUUAUCUGGCAGCUACAUGAAGAGCACAAUUACACAACUAGAAAGGCGAUUUGACAUCUCCAGUUAUCUGAUCGGAAUCAUAGAUGGGAGCUUUGAAGUAGGGAAUCUGUUGGUGAUUGCCUUUGUGAGCUAUUUUGGUGCCAAACUCCACCGACCCAAGAUCAUAGCAAUCGGCUGUAUCUUGAUGUCUCUGGGGACUUUCUUGAUCGCCAUGCCGCAUUUCAUCAUUGGCCGCUAUAAGAUCGAAACAUCAGUUAGAUCUUCAGUGAAUUCAACCAAUAACCUCUCUCCGUGUCCGGCAAGCUCACCUGAGUCCAUCAGGGCAGGUGACAGACCCUCUAUACUGCCCUCUAGAGGCUGUGAAGGAGAGUCCAGUGUUUCAAUGUGGAUCUACGUGUUUCUGGGAAAUGUCCUGCGUGGGAUUGGAGAGACUCCAGUACAGCCUUUGGGAAUCUCCUACAUUGAUGAUUAUGCACAGUCUGAGAAUGCUGCCCUCUAUAUUGGUUGUGUCCAAACAAUAUCAAUCAUUGGUCCUGUCUUUGGGUAUCUGCUGGGGUCGCUUUGUGCCAAAAUCUACGUUGACAUUGGUUAUGUGGACAUGGAGACUGUGACUAUUACCCCGGGUGAUGCCCGCUGGGUGGGAGCAUGGUGGCUGGGCUACCUCAUCGCUGGCGCCAUCACUCUCAUGUCUGCUGUUCCUUUCUGGUUCCUGCCCAAAUCACUGCCGAUGCCUGUAGAUAAGCACGAUACCAGCUGCACUCCAGAGCAAACCAGGUUCAUCAAGGAUUCCCCAACCAUGGAGCACAAAUUCAGACCUGAGGAGCCGGCUAAUUUACAUCAAAUGGCCAAGGAAUUUGUGCCUACACUGAAGAGUCUCCUUGGAAAUUCUGUGUACAUCAUCUACCUAUGCGUGACCAUCAUUCAGUUCAACUCCCUCAUUGGGAUGGUUACCUACAAACCCAAAUACAUUGAGCAGCACUAUGGCCAGUCAGCAGCAAAAGCCAAUUUUCUCAUGGGCAUGAUCAACAUCCCGGCUGUGGCCCUUGGGAUGUUUUCUGGAGGGGUUGUCAUGAAGAAGUACAAGCUGGGUAUCAUGGGAGCAGCUAAAUUUGCCUUUGGGACCUCCCUGCUGGGCUACUUCCUGUCACUCUUUUUCUUAGCCAUGGGCUGUGAGAACUCCAAGGUGGCAGGCAUCACUGUUUCAUAUUCUGGAGUGGAAGGCUUGUCUUAUGAAGAACGGUCUCUCUUCUCCGACUGUAAUUCGGGUUGCUUGUGCUCAAGAAGAGAGUGGGAUCCAGUGUGUGGAGAGAAUGGGAUUACCUACGUGUCCCCAUGCUUGGCUGGAUGCACCUCCUCCUCUGGCUCUGGGAGAAACACGGUGUUUGACAAUUGCAGGUGUGUGGCUAAUACCCAACCAGGCAACCUGACGGUCACUCUGGGCCAGUGUCCACGCAGGGACAGUUGUGACAAAAUCUUUCCAUACUUCCUGGCUCUGUCUGUCCUCAGUUCAUUCAUUAUUUCUCUUGGGGGAACACCUGGCUUUGUGCUGCUCAUCAGGUGUAUUAAACCGGAGCUGAAAUCCCUUGCACUUGGAAUCCACACGUUGGCCACUCGCACACUUGCUGGGAUACCUGCCCCUAUAUACUUUGGAGCCAUAAUCGAUACGACCUGCCUCAAAUGGGGAUACAAGAUGUGUGGAGGAAGAGGAGCAUGCAGAAUAUAUAACACCUCAGCUUACAGGAUAUUGUACCUGGGGUUGACACUGGGCUUGAGAACAGUCUCCUUCUUCUUUUGUAUUCUGGGUUUUGCUCUACUGAAAAGACAUAUUAAGAAGGAGGAGAAAAAUGCUCUGACCAAUGGGAGUGCAGAGCUGGAGUCACUAAGGAAAGAGGAAAACAGCUCCAUACACUGCGAGCAGUUUAUACUGGCCUUGGACUGCAGUCCUGACAGAGAAACUCGCUUGUGAGCCUCAGCACAACCUCUUCUCUUCUGAAUCAGCUCCCUGAAGCACCUCAGAUGUAUAGAGGAACACACACUGUGGACAUUUUUCAUAGCACACAGAGUAUAUAUUUGUACAGGAUUUGUGUAGACUUACAAUAUCUGAUGUCAUUUUCUAAACAAAACAUGCUAUUUCAGGAAUAUUAAAAAAAAAUAA